AUGAGUCAUUUUCAAAAGUUCUGGGUUCAAUUUGAUGAGUUGAAAUUGAAGGAGUGGAGGGGGAUGCAGUGUUGCGAAAUAGGUGUUGGCGGGAUCGUCAAUCAUGGCGGUGGCGAGAGGCGGUGGGUGGCGGAGGACGGGGAUGAGGCGGCCGCGGAAGACGCCGUGGAGGGGAGGGAGGGGGGAGAAGGGGUCGGCAUGGAAGUAAAUGUUGUAGAGGGAGGAGGGGGCAGGGGAGAAGAAUCGCUCCCAGAGGGGGGCGAAGUGGAGGGGGAGUUGGUGAGGAAGAGGAAUGCCAUGGCAAUGGCCUUGUGGAAAAGGGAGAAGUCGUGGAGCUCGUCGUCGGGAGGGAUGGGGAUUUGGCGAAGGGGAGAGGAAGCGAGGGGCGAGGAAGAAGUAGAGGAAGGGGAGAGAGAGGAGGAGGGGGAGGGCAGAGGCCAUGGCUGA